AUGGAGUCGGAGACGCGGGUUCUGCGCGCGGCGGGAGGCUUCGGCCGGGCCCGGCGUCUGCUGGCCGCCGCCUCGUGGCUGCCGUGCGUGGCGCUGGGGCUGGCGCUGGGCUCGGAGCCGCUGCUGACCGCGCUGCCGGCGCACCACUGCCGGCCGGACCCCGCGCUGCUGCCCCCAGCGCUGCGCGCCCUGCGCGGGCCCGCGCUGCUCGACGCCAGCGUGCCGCGCCUGGGGCCCACGCGCGCCCCGAGCCCCUGCCUGCUCCUGCGCUACCCCGAGUCAGCGCCCCGCGCUCGCCCCAAUGGGACCCGGCCCUGCACGCGCGGCUGGUACUACACGCUGCCCGCCGCCGGCCUGCUGCGCAGCCCGGUCACCCAGUGGAACCUCGUGUGUGAGGACGGCUGGAAGGUGCCUCUGGAGCAGAUGGGCCACCUCCUGGGCUGGCUGCUGGGCUGUGUCCUCCUGGGCGCAGGCUGUGACUGGUUUGGACGUCGGGCUGUGUUUGUGGCCUCCCUGGUGCUGGCCACGGGCCUGGGGGCCAGUGAGGCCCUGGUGGCCAGCUUUCCUGCCCUGCUGGCUCUGAGGCUGCUUCAUGGGGGGGCCUUGGCAGGCUUUUCCCUGGCCCUCUACGUGGUUCGCCUGGAGCUGUGCGACCCCCCCCACCGCCUGGUGUUCUCCGUGGCAGCUGGCCUCUUCUCGGUGCUGGGCACCCUGCUGCUGCCCGGCCUGGCCCUGCUUGCGCAGGACUGGCGUCUUCUGCAGGGGCUGAGCGCCCUGGUCACGGGGCUUUUGCUGCUCUUUUGGGGGUUCCCCUCCCUGUUCCCUGAGUCUCCCCGGUGGCUGCUAGCCACGGGACAGCCAGCCCGAGCCAGGAAGAUCCUGUGGCACUUUGCGGAAGCUGGGGGCGCGGACCCCGAGGACAGCUCAAAGGAGGAGAGCUUCCUCGCUAUGGAACUGGACACGCUGGGUGCAGGGAGCCCCCAGCCCCAGUACCACUCCAUCCUGGAGCUCUGGAACACCAGCAUCGCCUGGAGAAAUGGACUCAUCCUGGGCUUCAGUUCACUGAUCUGCGGGGGCCUCAGAGCCAGCUUCCUCCGCAGCCUGACCCCGAGUGAGCCCGCCUUCUACCAGCUCUACUUCCUGGACGCUGGCCUGGAGUUCGUAGCCGCUGUGUUCCUGCUGCUGACGGGGGAUCGCUGGGGACGACGCCCAGUCCUCUUGCUGGGCACCCUGGUCAUGGGCCUGGCGUCCCUACUGCUUCUUGCCGGGACCCAGUACCUGCCAGAAUGGACCAUGUGGUCCCUCUCUGUCCUGGGUCUCCUGGCCUCCCAGGCCGUGUCGGCUCUCAGCAGCCUCUUCGCAGCAGAGGUAUUGCCCACCGUGACCAGGGGGGCCGGCUUCCUGGGCCAGGCGGCCGCCCCCCUGGCCGAGCUGCGCCGGCGUGGCUUCUUCCUGCACCACGUGGUCUUCGCCUCCUUCGCCAUCCUGGCCCUGCUGUGCGUCCUGCUGCUGCCGGAGAGCCGGGGCCGCGGGCUGCCCGCGUCGGUGCCGGACGCCGACCGCCUGUGCAGGUCCCCACUCCGCGGGGGCCGCCUCCGCCCGGACCACCUGCCGCUGCUGCCGCCCACCCCCCGUCCGCAGUAG